AUGGCCAGUAAAGUCAAAAAGUCCAAGAGUAAACGUGGAACGACCCGCCUGAGAGAAGGCAUCAAGAAGAAGGUCGCUGCUCAUAACCGUAAGCAACGCAAGCUCUCAAAGAAAGACCCCACCUGGAAGUCGCGACACCCUCGUGAUCCCGGUAUUCCUAGCUCUUUCCCAUUCAAAGAUAAGAUCCUGGAAGAUAUUGAAGAGAGACGCCGUAUAGACACAGAGCUCAAGGCACAGCGCCGUGAGGAACGCCGCCAGGCUCUCGUCAAUGCUGGCGAAACUAACGCCGAGGCUAUUGAGGCCCAGCUGGAUCAGGAGGAAAAGCAUGACAAUUCAACUCGUCUGGCCGCGCUGCUUGAAUCGGCACGUGCUGCUGCCGAUGAAUUCGAUAGUGACGAAGAUGAUGAUGAUGAUGAAGACGAAAUGGAUACCGAGGACGUGGAGGGAGUUAUUGACAUUGAAAUUGAGGAUAACGAUUCCAAGGAUAGUUCACGCAAGGCCUUCGAUAAGAUCUUCAAGGCUGUGGUGGACCGAUCAGAUGUUAUUCUGUACGUUCUGGAUUCCCGUGAUCCUGAGGGUACUCGCUCACGCCAGGUCGAACAGGCCGUACUGGCUAAGCCCGACAAGAGACUGCUUUUUGUGCUCAACAAGAUUGAUUUGGUUCCAUCCAAUGUCCUCAAACAAUGGCACUCAGCACUCAAGCAGAGCUUCCCUACCCUGCCACUGGCCGCAGACAAGGCCGCUUCUAAUGCCGUCACAUUUGUUCACAAGGGCCUGACGCAACAGUCUACUGCAUCCGCGCUGCUUCAAGCUCUUAAGGCAUAUGCCGCCAAGUCCAACCUCAAGCGCUCCAUCACCGUCGGUGUUGUUGGAUACCCCAAUGUUGGCAAGUCAUCUGUCAUCAAUGCACUUCUUUCUCGUCAUGGUGGUUCUAGACGUGCAUGCCCUGUCGGUGCCCAAGCCGGCGUUACCACUACCAUCCGCCAAGUCAAGAUUGAUAAUAAACUCAGUGUAUUGGACUCUCCUGGAAUUGUGUUCCCUGCAGUGGAAACAGCCAAAAAGGGUACUGCUCCUGUGGAUGAACAAUCGCGACUGGUGCUGCUCAACGCGCUGCCUCCCAAGCAGAUUGAUGACCCCGUGCCUGCCGUGUCUCUGCUGCUGAAACGCAUUUCCAAGAAUGCCGAGCUUAGAGACCGUCUUAUGGCUGUUUAUAAGCUGACACCGCUUAAUGAUUCUUCAUUCAACUCGCUUGUGACUGACUUCCUUGUACAGAUUGCACGCAAGAAGGGCCGUCUGGGUAAGGGUGGUAUCCCUGAUCUCAAGGGCGCUGCACAUGCCGUUAUUGUGGACUGGCGCGACGGCCGCAUUCCUGGUUGGACUCUGCCAGAUGCCGAUGCUCUGGAACCAAAGAUCCCUGAAAACAAGUCUGAUUUGGUUAUUUCGGCCAGCGGACCCAAGGAAGAAAAGGUGAUUGUGACAGAGUGGGCUCAAGAGUUUAGUCUGGAUGGCCUGUGGGAUGGGAACUUUGGAGGCGACGACAAUGAAGAUGUGGAAAUGAACUAA